AUGGCCGACAUCCUCACCCAGGUUCAGGAUGAGAUGGACAUGCUACUCUUCAUGAUGCAAAGUCACUUCACAUACAUAAAAGACAAAGCCCCACCCAGCAUACCUCCAGGCCAGCCAGAGGUCGACUCCUUCAACGAACGAGAAGCCAAAACCGCCGCCGAGAACCAAGCAACGCAGACUUCCACAGAACCCUCACAGCUUACACAGGCACCUCCCAUCCUCCUCACCCAAGAAGAGUUCCAGAGCACCAUCAAAGAGUUUGCGAGAGACAUGGUCCUCAAACAACAGCAGAUUGAAUACCUGAUAGCAAACUUGCCCGGCGCAAACACUAGCGAGGAAGAGCAGAUAGCACGUAUGAAGCAACUUGAGGGACAGUUGGAAGAACUUGAGACAGAGAGGCUGCAGGCAGUCAAAGAGAAGGAUAUGUUGCGGAACAAAGUGGAGGAGAAGAUCAUGGGCGUAGGCAGGAUGCGGUAA